UGGAACCUGAACAGCAGAAUGAACGGCUAUUUGUUAAUUUACACAAAUGUGGCGAUUUCUUUACGCCAGCCCUUGAGGCUGGAAAUCCUUAAAGAGUGUUCUGAGCAAUCGAACCCCUCGAUCCCCCGCUUUUAUUUGUAAUCGUGAAAACUAAUGCGUGAAUGCGAUGCUCCAAAUUAUUCAGUGCUUAAAUUUUAGUUUUUGUGCAUUUAUCAUUCAUUUCGAAAGAAGCUGAAGAGUGGAUGCUGUGGAAUUUCGUAAUACUGAUAAUAUAAUGAUAAUGUCGGAUGUGUGUGAUAUUAAAUUGACCUUCGUCCAAGCAGAACAACAAAUUGUGACUGUCUCGGCGGAACUCAAAAACCGUGCCGGCAAAUACUAUACAUAAUUCUAUGAUGAAAAAGCGGUUAAUUAAUGCAUAGCUUUAUUUACACUAAACACUAUCGAAUUUAUUGCGAUUCAGAAAUAACAAUUGUCGUGCUUUGUUUGGGGACACUCCUAAUAUUAUCAUCAAUCCACUGGUGUUGUUAGUUUUUUACGUUCAAUGGUCAUUAUCAGCGGCCUGCGUUACAUGAGAACAACAAUAACAAACAUUUUGUAAAUCUUUUGUUUAUUGUUGUUGCUGUCUCGUCUUAACUAAUAUUUUGUGCAUACUUGUAGUUUGGAAUCGCACGCGUACGCACACAAUCAGAACAUUUUCAUUCUACUUGUAUGCCUGAGGCCCGGUUCCAUAGAAACCCGCUCUCUCAGUCUCUUGACGACGCGUCGUAAGUUCCCGCCAUAUGUUUAUUGUUUAUUGUGCAUCUGUAUAUGUGUGUGGGUGUGUGUGUAUGUGUUUAGGUAGGUCUAUGUGUGUGUGCAGUAAAACGUUUGAUUGUUAUGAGCUCAUAUCAAGAUAGUUUUGCAAUGCCGAUUACCUAUAACAACAAUGCGAGAGAUAAGAACGCCGGCAAUGGGAUAACAAGCAGACAUUGAGGAAAGCGAAAACGAAGACCGAGACCGAGACUGAGACCCAGACCCAGACGGACCAGACAAGCUAAGGAACUGUAAGUAAUUGGAAGGUACUGUGCAGUCGUCCAACUUACGGCUACACGACUACAACUUACCCGGAAGAGUCGCAAGACUAGGACGAAGAGAAGGAGUAUAAAAUAGAAAAUGUGUGCCAAAUACGUAAUCCUAGACUGUGAUGGCGGCAGUGACGAUGCUUGGGCACUGUUGUUGCUGCUGCAUGCCGAGAGGAACGGCAUGGUGAAGCUACUGGCUGUGACCACCACUGGAGGUGGCAAUACAACGCGAGAACAUUGCGCCCGCAACAUGCGACGCAUCCUCAAGGCCUACGCCAGGGAAGAUGUACCCAUUUAUCUUGGAGCUGUAGAGCCACUGCUGGGUUCCAACGACGAUGAGAAAAAGUAUUUCCAUGGCCAAGAUGGCUUUGGAGACUGCCUAGAUGCCAGCGAUUGUGAAAAGGUUGAGGAUUUUGUGCAACCUCUACACGCAGUCUCAGCUAUCUAUGAGCUGUGUCGGAAGCGCCCAAAACAGAUCACCUUAUUUGCCAUUGGACCACUUACAAAUCUUGCGGUCGGUUUUACUAUGUAUGGGGAGGAAUUCGGAGCCCACAUCAAGGAGCUCUGCAUUAUGGGUGGCAAUUAUCAGGGCGUUGGUAAUUCAUCGCGUGCGGCGGAAUUUAAUUUUCACUCAGAUCCCGAGGCGGCGCAUGCUGUGCUCGCGAAAGCGAAACGAUGUCCCAUUACCAUAUUGCCAUGGGAGCCAUGCACAGAUAAACACUUUAAUGUACCAAUUAGCUGGCGUUUGGAGGAUUUCGGGGCACGUGCUGCAGCGGCAGGACAUGCGGCUAUCACCAUGCUUAAUAAAGUGGAAAGUGUCCAAUGGCUGCCCAUGCGCUUUCCCAAUUGGAACCCCUGCGAUGCUAUACUAGUGGCUGCCUGGCUCUUCGAACCACAAAUGGUAAAGAAGCACAGCACCUGGAACGCAACCGUGGACUUGAGAGGCACCCACACGCGCGGACAAAUGGUUUUGGACCAUUUACGUGAGAUUGAGAAGUACCCCGAAAAUGUGCGCAUUUUGGAGGAGAUCGAUAACGAAUGCUUUAAGCGUGUUGUGGAGUGGAUAGCUGGCCUAAGGAAGGAGGUGUAAAUAGUAAUGCCCGUUCCAUUAAUUGUUGCCCUAAAUUGGUUCCUCCUAAAUUAAGUACAAUUUUUUCAACCCAUUAAUUUUUGGACUAUUUUAACUUAUUUUUUAAAUUUUUUACAAGCUAUAUUUUUGAAAUUUCAUAAGUUCCCAAGGACCUCCUCCGUUAAUUCAGGGUUAUAUUAAAAAAAUCGUACUUGUGAAAGUAUGAUUUCAAAUCA